AAGCGCCUAUAUUUUCUAAGCCAAAUUCGAGCCCCACUAUUUUUUACCAAAAAAAUGAGCUCCAAAACGUCCACCACACGUAUUCGUCUCGACCCAGCUCCUUUUGCAUCCAAAGUCUAGACUCUCUUGCCUAAACCCCUCUAAAGCUCUGAAUAAGAGCAUCGGUGAUUCAGUAAAUUUACAAGUGAUAUAUUAGUGUCUCGUCAUUUCUUUUCACAUGGUAUUGGGGUUUUUGUUUAGUAAUCACUUUCACCGCUGAAAAUUUUCGCUUCCCUUGCCUUGCCUCAAUCUCACCCUCUCUGUUCCCGCCAGAAAACCAAAGCUGUGGUUUUUCUCUUCUUCUUCCAUCACUAUUCCUUGAUGCCGCUGACUCUUCCCCUCCUCCUCUACAGCGCUGCAUAGCAAGAGUGAUGGUAAAUCGAGCCAUUAGAAAAUUUCUUUUCUUUCAUAAAUCAAAUGGAGCUUCCCUCAUAGUUAGCCCCACACAUUUGGUGCUACACCAUCGAUCAAUGACAACAAGCAAGAGAGUUCAAGACCGAAGCGAGAUGAAAAGAAUUCAUGAUCUCGAAAUUGCAACAGAGAAGUGGAAGAUAGUAUCAAAAGUGUUGUUCCUGAUGGAGAUUUUGAAGGAAGAACCUGAACAAGUAAUACCCAUAAGUUCACUCGACCAAUACCGAAGGCAAAUCAACUUGCCCAAGCCACACAAGAUAUCGGACUUCAUUCAGAAAUCGCCGAAGCUGUUUGAACUCUACAAGGACCGCAAGGGGGUCUUGUGGUGUGGGAUGACCAAAGAAGCCGAAGAAUUGGUCCAAGAAGAGGAGAGGAUCACUGAAGAGUACUCAGAAAAGGCAGCAGAGCACGUCACGAGAUGCUUGAUGAUGUCUGUUGCUAAGCGUCUGCCUUUGGAUAAGAUAGCCCAUUUCAGGAGAGACUUUGGUUUGCCUAUUGAUUUCCGAAAAAAUUGGAUUUAUAGGUAUCCAGAGCAUUUUAGGGUGGUUAAGAAUGAUGAUGAUAUUGAGUUUUUGGAGCUUGUUUCUUGGAAACCAUCUUGGGCCAUUACUGAAUUGGAAAAGGAAGUGAUUGGGGUGUCAGAGGAUCACCAACCGGGGUUGCUUUCGCUUGCUUUUCCAUUAAAGUUCCCUUCUAAUUACAAGAAGGUGUACAGGUAUGCUGGGAAGAUUGAUCACUUUCAAAGGCGGUUGUAUUUGUCUCCUUACGCGGAUGCACAUGGGCUGACAGCUGGAUCGUUAGAAUUUGAUAAGAGAGCAGUUGCAGUCAUGCAUGAAUUGCUUAGCUUUACUAUAGAGAAGAGGUUGGUCACGGAUCAUUUGACCCACUUUCGGAGGGAGCUUGUUAUGCCUCAGAAGCUGAUGAGGCUUCUACUGAAGCAUUUUGGCAUAUUCUAUGUUUCUGAGAGGGGGAAGAGGUUUAGUGUGUUUUUGAAUGAAGCAUAUGAAGGUUCUGAUUUGAUUGAGAAAUGCCCGUUGGUCCUUUGGAAGGAAAAGGUCCAAACCCUUAUUGGUUACAGAGGAAGGAAGAAGAAAAUUGAAACUCAUCAUGAUUUUGUAGAAAUGGAGGCUGAGGAUUUGUGUGGGAGUGAGUCUGAGGAAGACAAUGUGCAUAUGGAACAAAAACAGGAAGACACCAUAUGCGGUUUAGAGGAUUCUGCACUUUCAGAUGAAUCAGAGAUGGAGAUUGGAGACAUUUGCGGUGCAUACAAAGCUACUGAAGCAUCAUGAGGAGUAUGUCACGUGCAGGGUGAAAAAAUAACACAGCUUUUAACUCUAUGAAGAUGGUCAACAACCAGUAACUUUUUGCCCGAAGGGAUGGUGGUCCCGUGACUCUGUGGGGAAACUACAAGAAUUGGUAAUGGUUCCAACCCACAACCGUUGCUCCUCAUUCCUCAAUAUUCAGUCAUCUUACCAUUUUCACUUUAGCUUUAAAAAAAGAAGAAACUAGCUUCGGAAAAGAGAAACAACCAUGCAUGUUUAGGUUCUGAUUCUUGUUUAGUUACGAUUGCUUGAAGUUAGUUUACCCAGUCACAAGCCUCAAGAAAAGGGGAUGCUCUCAUGUAUGUCUGAUAGACAGCUGUAUUGACUGUUGAGGCUUCUGAGUUUUCCAUCAGACCAUGCUUAGGCUGACAUAGCAAUGAACCCUCUAUUUACGGUAUAGCUAUAGGACCAUGAUGUCCGUUUUCCCUCGUUCCAGGGAAGAUUGCAAAUAGAAUGCUAGGUGGAUCAGUUUCGCACUCAUAUGAAAUGGUUUCUUUUUGUGAUGUUCGUUUCAGUACAUUUUAAAGAUUUAAAUGGUCACCGUGUUUGAAUGCAACGUUUGGCGGUUUGAGGGAUUGGGGGUUCUGUAAGAGAGGGCAAAGCAGCUUAAUCCUAUGCUCAAAGUCUGAUAGAAGAGGUAACUUUCCAGACAUCGUUUCUUCUCCCAUAGUCAUGGAUUGGACGAGUAUUCAAUAAGACAAGAAUUAGUUUCCUUGUCAGAGCCAUCAGCAGUCGGAACAAUGGUAUGUUGCCUUGCACAUUGGGAUGCAUGCACGAGUUAUUUUGGUGCAUUUCUUCCUCUUUGUAAAUUUUCUUACUGUACUCGUUAGUUAUUUACCCUCAAUUGCCUCCCAUGUUGAAAGAAGUAUUUUCAAUCUUUUUCCUGCCAAACGUGAUGGAUUGUGUGUCAGGGCAAACAGAAAGUGUAGAAGUGGAAUCAUUUGUGCGCUCUUUUCCUUAAA